AGGUAUUGGAAUCGAGGGUGCAAGUUGUGAUUGGAAAGCCCUAGUAAAAUACACGGAAAGCUGUCUUAAGGGGUGGGGCUUAGGAUUCACUGCUCCCCACUGCUCGCUGCUCCUUCCCGUUCGUGUCCGCGCUAGUACACUGCUCUUUGUGCCUAGCUUCAGAAGAUUGUGCUAGAGUUCAAAGGAAUCGGGGGUUGGAGUUCGAUUCAAGCGGAUAGAUUACUCAGCCGAUUGUAUACAGCGGCGGCACCUCAUGAGGACUAUCUGAUCUACGGGUGAUGGAUCGGCUGAACUUAAAAACCUAAGCCUCGGCACUGUGCGCUUGCCUGCUACAGUUGUUGGGGAGCUUGGAGUUUUACCGAGCGAACUUGAGUGAAGAAGGCGCAUUCACGUUACAGCGAUAACUGGUAAUCAAUUCAACGAGCUUCUUGCUAAGUCAGAUCAUGGCGUUUCCACAGCAUGAUCUUGACGGGGACCUUCCCAAGAGCAUGUACAUUGAAAGGAAACGCUUUAUCUUGGCUCCAGAUUCAAUGGAUAUCAGUUGUAACUCGUAUCCAGAUUUCAAAUGUGAAGAUCAAAGUAAGUGGAUCACUAAGAUGGUCGAAUCUGGUAAGGUAAAUGAUAGGCGGUUUACCAGGAAUGCAGGUGGCCCAUAUUUAUGGAACACUUUCAUUCUAGUGAAGGGUAGUCCUCGGUUAAGUACAAACUUUGAAAGUGAGCAAGAUUUGUUCAAGUGGUGCAGUGAAACUGUAGAGUCAUUUGAUCAUAACGUAUGCCAGGAUGUCAAGCUGUGGCUCGAAGCCUCACCGACUGCCAUGAUCUGUCACCACAGGGAAGGAUUGUUUGACCUUACACUUGAAACUGUGGCUCGUUGUCUCCACGUUGCCAACGUUGUUUCUGUGAGCUGUUUCCUUUUCUGCUUGAAUAUUGGGACCUUUGAGGAUGAGAACGGAUUAGUAAUUGAUAAGUCCCGCCUGAUUCGUCACCUCUCAAGACUGCUGGAGAAGUGGAGCUGGCUUGGAGAGAAUUGCACGGUUACAUUUGAUGAGUGGGGUGAUUAUAUUUCCGAUAUAGACGAUUCCAGUAAGGAGGAGGCAUUGAAAUUGCUGUACCAGUGGACUCUUUCCCCCCUGGAAACCGUCCUUCUCAUCAUCGAACGGGAGAUUCUUGACGUUCCUUUGCACGAUUAUGCGAAGGUUGAACAUGUGAGCAAGUGGGGUGACGAUUUUUGUGAUUUUCUUGAACAUUACCGGAGCCUUUUUCGAACUUCUGAUGACACUGAGUUCUUUUACUGCGAAAUGUUCAAACUCGUCCCUCCCACAGCAGAUCUCCACCUCAUUCUAGGAAACCACAAACGAGCUACGAUAUUGCUUGAGGCGCUCAAAGACAUGCUUGUGGGUGUUAAGGACAACGACCUAAUGGUUACAGAACUGGGGUACGAGAGGAUCGAAUACCUUAAACCAAAAGGUAUCGACGCAUGUGUGAGAGAUGUAGAUUUUCGAUUGAGGGAAUUGAGAAACGUUGGAGAUGGCUAUGGAGUUUUUAAAAUUGUCCGCCUUUCCGAGUCUCGCAAAUUGCAGAUCGAAGAGGAAUGGCAUCGAGGAUCGGAUCGUGUUGAAACUCACAGACAAGAUUAUAUUGGAUUGAUCCCUCAUGGUCGACAAUUGGAGACCAUAAUAUAUUUGAUGGAAAACAACCGGUAUAGUGAAGCUUUAGCGAUUUUCAAACAAAUCGAUCUGAAUCGUAAAGGACGCAGGGGUGAAUUGUCCAGAUUCUUAGAGUAUCUUAACAGACCAGAAAUCAAAUUUCAAUUGCAUCCUCAAAUAUCUCCAGAAAAAUUGGAGUCUCUUUGUGAGAGGCAGGAGGUUUUACUUGAUGUUAGCGAAGAUUUACUAGAUGAUCGCCAACUGACUGCCAAACUUUUCCAGCAAUAUGCCAAAAUGAUUGGUAUACGAUCUAAGUAUAAAUGCCAGCAGAAGGUCAAAGGAGCCUGCGAAGAUAAUCUAGGAGGAGAAAGAGCAUCUUCACAAUCAUACCUCUGGCUAAAAGAAGAAUUCAACCUGCAACUCACCUUGCCGGUGUCGGAGUGCAUUCAAGCGGUGAUCUCGUGUCUCAGGGAUCCUUGCGAGCCAGGUGAACACAAGCGUCACUAUCUUUCGGACACGCUCAAAACAUAUCGCCUCUGGAAGCGUUCUAUUGACAUAUUCUCCGAGUUGCUUCAUAACUGGUCCACCCCAGGAGCCUCAAAAGAAGUUGGCUGGUUGAAACUCUUGGAGUCGCAGAGAAGUGUUCACGACUCAAUAUUGUGUUACCUUUUUGAAAUUUUGCAAAUGUGCGAUCAACUUAAAAGAAUAUUGGAAAGCUACGAUUCAUCUGAAGGAGCUGACUAUGGGUUGAAAUGCUUAGUGGGAAGCAACCACUCAAACCUUCUUGUUUAUCGAGCUUUAGUUAGAGCCUUCGUCACUAGCGCUCUGGUGUGGGUAGAGAGAGGCCGCGCGCGAACUCUUCUGGCUCAACUCGGAUCAUGGUAUAAUAUGAGACGUGGAGAAAAUCCAGACUUCUUGAGGAAGGAGCUGAUUGAGUUUGACAAAGAUGAGCAGGCAGCCUUGUCCUCGAUCCGAUCGUGCACGUCGGCUUGCAAAGCAAAGACUCUAUUUAUCGAGUACGCGAUCCAGGCUAACGAAUCGUAUGUAACAUAUUUUGACACAGCGCCAAAGGCGUUCAUGACAAAUGAACAAACUGAGUUCAUCCAGAGUGUGCAUGUGUCAAACGACUCGUGCGCAGUUGAUGGUCGAUUCGAUAAACAAGUAGAGGAGUUGCUAAACAAAUUUUACGAGAUGGUAGAGAAAUUUUGUAACACAAAACCUCUGCCGAGGCGACUUGAGGAUGGUGUCGUGGCGGAGCUGCACAGAGUUCUUGAGAAAUUGUAUGAUUUACUCAUUGAACCCUUCUCCCAAAGCGCUAUGUUCACGCACCUGGAUCCGAAAGCGACAAUUGUCUUCGUGCCCGACAAGAUUCUAUACAGGGUGCCAUUUGCUCUCCUUCGAAAUAAAAGAACCCAGAAAUAUCUCUUCCAACUACACCCAAUCGCAAUCUCUCCGUCUCUGCGAGUGCUACAGCACUGCGAACGGCGACUCCGCGAGCUUGAUAAAUCCCCAUUGAAACCAGAUGGGUGUAUCUUGGCCGUGGGAAACGCUGCCUAUGAGAAGAAUCCUCUCCCUGGGACACGAAAAGAACUGGAGUAUCUUCAUUCAUCUUUCCCAGGUCGAGUGAAGACACUUGAGCAAGAAGAGGCUACCCGUGCCAACUUUUUGAAGCUGGUCCAGGAGGCCAGCUGCUCCAAAGAGAAGCAUGUGUUCGCGUUUAUGCACUUAGGAGUUCAUGGCCACUGGAGCAAAACGGGCCGAGGGGAUAACGAUGUCGACCAAGAAAAGGAAUACAAGACGGGCUCUUUGCAAUUUGCGAAGCUUCCUGAGGAUUCAGAACGGUCCUACAAGGGGCCUACCACUGAAUCGGAGAAGGAGCUUAAAUCUGAAGCACAAUCAUCUAGAGUUGGUGAGUUCAGACCUGCAAGCGCAUUCGGUGAAGUGGGUGCCGUUACAAGAGCGCCAGAUGGUUACAGGUCGUCCGCUGCGGGGGACAUGCUUUCUUCAGAGGAUAUUAUCAAAGGUGGAUUCCAGUGGCGAACGCGCCUCGUGGUCCUGAGUGCGUGCAAUUCUCUACGAGGGCAGGGCUAUAGCGACGGUGAGGUCAACUUGCCUCGUGCGAUGAUGAUAGCAGGGGUUCCCGCCGCAGUAGUAUCACAAUGGAAAGUCUCCGAUGUCGGGUCUCCGAGGUUGAUGAAAGCUUUUUAUGAGCGAAUGCAACAUGGGCAGGAUGUUGCUACUGCUCUCCAAUCUGCAAUGUUACAGCUGUCGAACGAUCCCGACUCGGAGAGUGCAAACAACGUUUUUGAGUGGGGUCCAUUUCUAGUUUGGGGACUACCCACUGUUCAACUUCCCAAAGAGAUGUUAACAGAGAGUGCAAGGAAGGCUCUUUUAGCAAAACGACGGGCUGAGAAGCUGAGAUGUGAGUAUAAUUGCUUAAAAACCGAGGAUGCAAAGGUGCAUCUCUUGAAUGCGUUGACAACAGUGAACAAUGUCUUGGAAGCAGUGUCCAACGAAUUUUCGCUUGAAGAUGGAGCUAUAGUUGAUGCCGUCUUCGCUGUUCAUAGCCUGCAACAUCUCUCACAUGGUAGUCCCUUCUAUGAAGGGAGCAUUCAAUUAUCUGAAGAAUUUUUCACGCUAUUGCCCUUCGAAUGGUUAGAAAAGAUCGAGCUUGAGUUGAUGAACCGUACGGCUGAUUGCAGGGUUUUGUAUAGUUUCAGGAAUAAAAUAAUGUACACUCAAGCCGUGAAGGGCAGUUAUCUAAUAGCUGCUGACUAUGCCAACAAGAUGAUAACUUGUGGAAAACAUGGAAACAUCACAAAUAUGUCACAAAUAUGGCAGCUAAAUAGAGCUAUUAUUCUGAGACUCAUGGGCGAACAUGGAGAAGCUCUAAAAUUAUUUGAUGUUAUGUUGGCAAACGGAGAAGAUUCAUAUGAAUGCCUAACCCAGAUCAGCUAUCUCAAGUAUCUAAUGCACGAUAGAAGCGGAGCACUGGAAUAUGCACUCCGUGCCAAAAAAUAUGAGAAAAUCUCGGAGUUCAGUGAGCCUGGCUAUGGUGCGUUCACAUUGAGCUAUAGAACACUUCCUGAAGAGUAUCGCCAGUGGCUUUUGAACGCUGUCGACACUACAGGGGCAUCAUCGUCGCAUUUUUGGGAUCCAAUCCCUGUUCAAUUUCCCGAGGAGCCUAUAUGGACAAAGAAUGCGAGUCAGAAAAUUGAGUUGUUGCGACUGAGCUUCAGGCGAUAUUGGGAAGACGAUACUGUGAAGUUUGAGAGCUUGAAGGCGUUGAAUGCUGUGGACAAUUUCCUUGCAUCCGUGGACAACGCAUGUGUGCUUGUAGAGGAAGGUCUCGUCAGUGCCAUCGUUGCUAUGGAACACCUGCUGAAUUUCUACCGUGCUUCUUCCAUCUCUGAGGAGGUCAUUGCACUAGGUGAAGAGUUUUAUACAGUUUUGCCGUUCGAACAGUCAUCAAACAUCGAGAUUCAGCUGGAGAAACGUUGUCCUAAAUCUUUGUUGAUAUUUUGUUUCAGGUGCCGUCGUAUGUACACACUGGCUAGGAAGGGCGAUUAUCAAACUGCUCUAGAGUAUGCCAAUAAGAUUACUGAAUACAUUCAAAAUGCUAACAGAUGCGGGUAUGAUGAAAAGAUGAUACAAUGUUUGAAGGCAAGCGAGGGGUUAAUCAGGCAGGAAAGAGCCGUGAUAUUGAGACUCAUGGGCGAGUAUGACAAAGCUCUAAAACAAUUUGAAGAAGAAUUGGCACAUGGGGAGGAUUAUGACUGUCUAAUCCAGACCAGUUUUCUCAAGCAUUUGAUGAAGGAUAAUAAGGGAGCUCUAGAAUAUGCUUUCUGUGCAAAAAGACUGGAGUGUAAUUAUACUGAACAAAAAGAUAUGCCUGGUUAUGGUGCAUUUGUAUUGGGCGUCAAAGAACUUCCAAACGAGUACCGCCAAUGGCUUUUGAAUGUCAACCCUACCGAAGAUGAUACUGUGAAACUGGGAGUCCACAUUCUCUAGCAGAUAGAACCUGUGCUCAAGCUAGCAUGGGACCAUGCAUCAGUCAUUUAAGUCCUAAUGGUCCAUUUGUGGGCUUUUGUGAAAUAUUGUUGUAAGUUUUUGGUGGAGCCUUUACAGGGUAUGCCAAUCAAUCUAUCAUUGUGGUGAUAGUAUGGUAUGGAGUGGUCAAACUUAUAUGGCUCAUUUGGAGGAGAGUAUUAUUUGAACCUUCCAUCUUUACUAAUACGUUGGUUAUAUACUUCCUUAAAUAUUUGCAUGUAUGUGUACUUUGUAGAUAAUCAGAAGUUGUGAUCUUUGUUUAAGCA